UCGUUUUCUAGUACGGUUGAAACAAGUCUGUUUUCAGCAGCAAGACUUCUAUAAAAUUUUUAGAAUAUUUUUUUUCUAGUUUCAUAUAUUUUAUCGCAGACGUUGCGUAAUACGUGUGAUUUGUUUUUUUUGCUGUCUUAAGAUGGGGGACGAUACAAGCCGCAACAGCGAUGGAACCGAUCGGGAAUUCGAUCUAAGGAAAAUCAAAUGGCACGAGGUGAUUGAGAUCUGCGAACGUAGGUCGUAUUCAAGUGAAGCGGAACGUCAGCACCGUCUAACCCAAGUGGAAUGGGCUCUAAAUCGCCUGAUGCCCUGGAAUGAUGCCGUUUUUUCGCGAAUUAAUGUGCCUAGUGCUCGGCCCUCUGGAUGCAAAAAUAUCGACGAUUACAGGAGCAUCAGGGAGGGAAAUCUGGGUGCCACAUUGCAGGUUCGCAUCGGCAUGGCCACUUUCUGGUGUAUUCCCUCACUUUUGCAAUUGAGCUGCAAAUAUUUCGCUCGCCAAAUUGAAUCGGUGUAUACUUUUCGCGAGGGCGUUGAUCUGACUGCCGUGGGUUUUCGGGCUGCCUAUGAUUGGAUGAGGAUCCAGAAGCCCCUGGAUGAUUUGAACCCGGAACAAAUGGUGGAACUACUGCACACAGCCCAGCAGCUCAACAUGGAAUCUCUGGAGAAUUUGUGCUGUCGACAUGUGUGCACCACUCGGUGCAGUGAGAAGUUCGCCUUCGAGGUUUAUUUGAAGGCCCUCAAAUACCCGAAGUUGGAGGCACACCGCAAAAUAAUGCUCCAAAGGGUUGGAGUUCAUUUUCUGGCCAUAGUUGGGGGCUCUGAAUAUCUGGAGAUGCCCAUAGAGGAUAUGAUCACCAUGCUGGAGCAGGAUACCUUGGGGGUAAAUUCCGAAGUGGAGGUCCUUUUUGGUAUUGUACGCUGGCUAAUAGCUCGUCCCAAUGAGAGAUGCAAACAGAUGCCAGAAUUGAUGGACUGCGUUAGGGUAACUCUACUGCCGGUUACGAUGCUCAGAAGAAUGUGGAGCAGUUCUUUGAUGAGAAAUGAUCCCUCGGAUCGCAUCGAUGUCCUGAUGGCCGCCUUUCGCAACAACACAAAGUUCCAGGAGCGGCUUAACAAUGCCAUUACUGUGGUGCAAAUGAGGGAGAUAUAUAGCCAUCGCCGGGAAUUUGUGGAGUCAUGUCGCUCCAAAAACUUGGCAGUGGAAUCCCCACGAGAGUGGAUUUACGACGAAGAGUGUCCUUACCAUCUGCCCCAGCCCAAGGGUCCAUAUUGCCAUAGCAUAACCGCUCCGAACUUUCUGUACUAUGUAUCGCAGAGGGCCCAGAAGGCGAGGGAACCGCCGAAGCCGACUCCACUUAGUUGCAGAGGCAGUCGACCAGUUGCCCAGCUGGAGACCAUCGAGGAGGUUUCCGAGGACGUGGAGCAGUCAGAGGCGGUGGAACCCGAGUCCGAUAAUCCGGUGAGCCCCGAACAAUCGGAGGGGGAAGACGAGACGGAUGCCCACAUCGAUCAGUUGGUACAUCUCGCUGGUCUGAGGGAAUUGGAAGUUAUCCAUCAGCAACUCGAGUCCUUGAUCUCGCAGGCAGACAACUUCAUCAAUCAGAUCGAGCAUCAGAGUCGCAGCCACUUUAUGAAUCGGAUCGAGCUCCGGAGUCGCGGCAACUUUAUCAUUCCGAUCCCACUUCGAACUCGCACCAAUGGUGUGUGGGUGCGAAAUACAGAUACCUCGUCUGAAUCCGACUUCGAUGCGUCGCUAUUGAGCGAUUCCAGCGAUGAGGUGAUCAUGAGGCCAUCAGCUCGUCCCUCGAACUAUCACUCAGCAUCGCAUCAGGCCUUGUUAAAUCGCUGGGACAACAUAAUAUCCCGAAUUGGAAACAACAAUAGCGAUACAAGCAGUGAAAGCACUUCCGACGAAAGCGAAUCCUACUUGGAACAGUUGCAGAGCGUCUGCGAGAAAAGAAAGCUGGUCCCGGUGGAGACCGAGGAUCCUACUCCUGUCGAACCGGAAAUAGUUAAGCCCGAGGAUCAGGUGCCUCCCUUGAACGACUUCGUGCAGGAAACCGAUCGGUUGAUCAACGAGUUGAAGAAGCAGUUAUAGUGCCCAGCAAAUCUGCCCCCUUUAAAUUAUAGUUAGCAAUAGCCAUUCGGCGCUUUUAAUUAUUAUUUGGAGUUAUAUCUAUUAAAAAUCAAAUAACAAUGUGA